AUGUCAGAUUCUGAAGAAGAAUGGAUCACCGUGCGCCGGCGCCGGGGUCGAAGCGGAGUUUCGAAGCAGCUGAAAGCUCUGCCGAUUCCGGUAGUUCCGCUGGCGUUCGACGCGCUUGCGGAGCCAGACGAGAGACCGGCGCCAGAUGAGCACAAGUCCAAGAAGAAAAAGAAAGGGAAGAAGUCAAAGGCCAUGGACGACGCGGAGGAGGAUGGCACAGUCACCGACAGAGCUGGCGCGGGCGUUUCCCCGAACAAAGCCGACGGCAGCAGCUCUGCUGCAUCCAACAAAUCCGCGUCGAAAGCUGCCGUCGCUACCAAGGCAAUCCAGCUGUCAUUCUUUGCCUGGGUCUGGAGUCGCCUGGUCUCUUUGAUGGUCAUGCUAGGCCUCAUGAGAGCGGCAGGGGCCGGAAAGAAGAAGCGCAAGUCCAGAUCAGUGGGUCAGAAGUCCGCAGCUGCCGCCGCCGCGGAGGAGUCAACCCGCCCUUCAGCAGCGGCAGUAGCCCAGCCAACGGCGGUCCCAGACAAGCCUCAGACCGCAGCCAAAGCAACCGCAACCCCCAAAAAACAGGAGCAGCAGCAGCAACAACAACAACAACAGCAACAACAACAACAACAUAAGCCGGCGGCAGUGAAAAUUGCUCCGGCGGCAGCGUCGGCGGUCCCAGCGACUGCCGCUGUGGCAGCGGCGCCUGCUAAGAGGCAGCCGGAGGUGCCGGCAGCAGCGCCGCCGCCAGCGCCCAAGGAGACCAGCGCAACGCCGAAGGAGGCGGCAGCUGACCGGGCUACUGCCGCCGGGGCCUCGGCGGUGGUCAGGGCCGCGGCGAACAAACCGCUGCCGGUUGCAGAUGCCGCUGCCAUUGCAGGAGGACCGCCAGCGGCGGCGGCAGCGGCGGCUGCCGUGGACAGGCCCCAGGCGGCGACCCAGCCGCCGCCGUCGCCGCCGCCGGCCUCAGCGACUCCGUCGCCGUCGCCUAAGUACGACUCCGACUGGGGCCGCGGGAAGUUCGUGAUGCAGUCCCUGGCGGCAGCCCAUGCGGAUGUCGUAUCGGCGGUGGCCCUGUCGGGGGACAUCGCAGUGUCGGCGGGGUACGACGGGGCCGUCAAGUUGUGGCACUGGUCACCCCCCGGCUCAGCGGGCGGGGGAGCGGCCCCCCGCCUGACCGUGUCCCGCUUGCUGGUGGGGCACAACGGGCGAGUGGAGGCGCUGGCGGUGCACGGAGAGAGCCGCCGCCUCGUCACCGCCGGGCGGGACUCCACCCUCAAGGUGUGGGAUCUGGGUGAUGAGCCGGGUGGUUCCGGAGCCCGGGAGCUGAACAGCACGUAUGUGUACGAGAGUGUACGGUCACUGGCGGCAGACUGGGCAGGAGAGGGGGCGGCGGAGGCGGGCAGAGUGCUGCUGGGGGCUAGGUCCGGUACGGUGUUGUCGUACUCUCUGGGCAGCGGGGGUGCGGGUCGCAAGCUGGCUGCACUGCGGGGUCAUGGAGACGAGGUGACCGCACUCAAGUUUCUGUACGGCAGCUACGGCAGCAGCGGCCACAUGGCAGCAAGCGGCGCCAGGGACGGCACCGUACGGCUUUGGGAUCUGAGGGCUGCUGGCGGAGCCGCCGCCACUGCCGUACUGACUGGUCUCAGCGGCCGUGUGUGUUCUCUGGCCCCGCUGGGCUCGCACCACCUGUUGGCAGGGGACUGCUCCUCCACCUUGAAGCUGUGGGCGCUGGAGGAGGCUCCGCCCAACGCCAAACUGCCCAUGGCGUGCCUGAACGUGUCGGCUGUGGGGGGGGCCCCCCUCGCAAACUCAUCCACGUCCGCAACCGCACCCAGCACGGGUGCCGCGGCGGCGGCGGCGGCGGCGGCAGGAGCUGGCGCACCUGAUUCACUGCUGUGUCAAUACCAGUACACUGUACGGCUAGGUCCGGGAGUUGUCACUUGUUUGUCGGGGAGUGUGGAUGAGGGGGCGGUACUGGCGGGAGGGGCGUCGGGUUCGCUGUGGGCGCUGCGGCUGGUGCGUGGAGGCGCCGCUGCGGUGGCGGCGGCGGAGCGCGCGGUGGCGGCGGCGGCGGCCGCCGCUGCGGGCGAGGCGGGCGGUGCGGGGGAGGGUGAUUAUUUGCCCAAACAGAUCACCAUCAACUUACAAAGUGGCAAAUUGACAAACACGCGAGCAAAGCUCCCUGUGUCCUGGGACUUCCCAUCUCACACCGCCGCCCUGCUCGACCUCGACCUCGACCUCGACCUCGACCUCGACCUCGACCCCCCCGAUGUGGCCCUCAUCAUUCGGUUCCGUGAGGCUGUCAG